AUGGCCAUCUGUUUGCGCACAUUUUCACACAAAAUACUGCCGAUAAACAAUAUAGUUACGACAAAAAACCAUUCGAGUCGUUUGUCCCGGAAAAUUCCGAUUCGGCCCCAAUUUCUGGAAGAUUUUUUGAAUAAACGACGUAUUUCAAGCUAUCAGCUCGCACCAAAAUGUGCCGUAGUUGAUAAUGGAGACGACAUUAAUCUGCACGAAUUAGCAAUAUCAAACAAUUUAAACAGACGUGAAAAAGGAAACAUAACCUUUAUUGAGUCUGCAGAUGCAAUUAGAAGAAAAGAUAUUAAUUUGGGUCCUGUCCAAAAUUACAAGGAGCUUGGUGUAAGAUCUGUGGAUCUUAGAAGCGAUGACUAUGUAGAAAUUAAAAGUCCAUAUAAUUAUAUUUCCCUACCAUCCAUCAAUAUGAAUGAUAUUGAUUUUACUAAAUAUCAUGGAGAGGAUAUUGAACCCACAUGUCUCUCAGACUUUGAAAGAGAUGCUAUUGCUUUCUGUCAAGGACCUGUGACACCAUCUCCGGCUACUCAGAACCCUUCAGAGGAAGGAAAACCUAGUGAGGAACAGCUGAUGAAAGUAUUUCAUACACUCUCAGCUACGAUGCCAGAACUUUUUUUCAAACCACUUGACUACUCUAUCUACCACCCUAAUUUAGUAUUUGUUAAUAAUAUCAGAGGUGUUACAACAGUGGGCUUAAUUCACUACGUCAAACAAGUAGCACUUUUACGCACAGUAGGUCACAUAAAAUUUGCUUAUGUCAAGUUUGAGGUCAUGAAAAUUACUGUUCAUCCAGAGGAUUCAAGCAUCAAAAUGCGAUGGCGUAUCAAAGGAAUAUCUGGAUUAAAAGUCUUUUUUAUGUUUUGGAAGUAUAAACUAUGGAACAUGAAGGAAGUUUUCCAAGAUCAGGAAAUGUGGUAUGAUGGGUUCUCCACUUUCUAUGUUGGUUCAGAUGGUCUAAUUCAGAAACAUGUUGCAGAUAAAGUUAUGCCGGAUCAAGAUACUAUAAUUGACGAUGAGGAGAAAGCGCCAAUUGCUGCAAAAUUAGCACUCCUAGUUGGUCUCAUUCCGCGUAACUACCUUUCCGACGUGACACCAUUUUUCACCACGUCUUCGGGGACCACAGACACAACCCCACUGCCCUUCAAAAUUAUUGAAUAG